GCUGUCAUAUUUUUCGUGGAACUCCAACGACAAAGCCUCUGCUGGCAAUUACAACGCGACAGACGGCGAGAGGGCUAAACCCCUUUGACUGCAAUGCUGUCCCCAUGGAACUCCAAUGGCACAGCCUCUGCUAGCAACUACAACGCGACAGACAGCGAGAGCGCCGUGGCCCCUUUGACUGCAAUGCUGUCCCCAUGGAACUCCAACGGCACAGCCUCUGCUAGCAACUACAACGCGACAGACGGCGAGAGCGCCGUAGCCCCUUUGACUGCAUUGCUAUCUUGAUUUCCAUGGAGCUCCACCGGCAAAGCCUCUGCUAGAAACUACAACGCGACAGACGGCGAGAGAGCGGUAAUCCCUUUGACUGCACUGCUGUCUUGUGUUUUUCAUGGAACUCCACCGGCGAGAUCUCCAGUAGCAGUCACAAGCCGACAGACGGCGUGAGCUUCAACUCACAUACUAAUGACAGCAGGAGCCGGCGCAGAAGUUAGUGUCGGUAUGCCUGCACUUUUCUCUGGGUCUCUCUUUUGUCCACCUGCUCCUCCCACUGGGUCUUCUCUACCUCCCACUACCUUAUCUUCGUUCUUCCCCCAAGCCCGA